AUGGUCAGCCCAGCUUGUGUAAAGGUGCCGAGAAAAAGCAUCGUUUCUGAAGCUACUCGGGAGCGCGAGACGUUCAGAUAUGACGACUCGCUUUUCACCAAUAUUCGCUUCAACGAUACUGGAUUGCCUGUUCCGAGCAAUGAACUCUCCACAUGUCCAGAUGUCAUAUUGACGGCUCUGGCUCGACUAGCGGCUUCUCAGACUGGUGCAACGCGCUCAAUGAUCUCAUUAUUUGACCAGACUCACCAGUAUAUCAUCGCGGAAGCUUCAUCGAUAACCCCACUGAUUCCAAGCUUGGGGCAGCAUGGUCACCAGGAAACUCUUUGGCAUUGUGGAACUGCAAUCCCGCGAUCACAUAGUGCUUGUGAAAGCACAUUAUGUUCUGACGAAACUCAAUCAGAUGCAUCUGGAAUCAAGGUCAACCACGAAUUGCCCGUCAUUGUAGUUGACGAUGUUACCCUCGAUCCCGAGUACUCAACUAAGCCGUACUGUCGACCUGGAGGCGCCGCAAGGUUCUACGCUGCAGUGCCAAUUCGCACAGAUCGAGGUGUCAACAUUGGAGUUAUCUGCGUAAUUCACACCGAACCUUCAUUGCCAUGGGAGGAUCGGCAUUCAAGACUCAUGAGGGAGCUUUCGAGGGCAGUGACUGAACAUCUCGAGACUAUCAGCCUGAAAAGCCACCAACGAAGAAGCGAAAGGAAGAGCUGGGGCUUGACCAGUUUUGUUGAAGGUAACACAGCACCGCUGAGCCAAGUCUCAUCUACCGGACGACAGUAUGCAGAGUAUGAGACAAGAAGUGAUGGCAUGGCCAGGUCUAGGAGGCCAAAGAUCGAUGAUUUGCAACAAGCUUUGGGAGGAAUGAGUGUUAGAAACUCAACAACCACAGCCGACUCCCGCAAGACGAACGCUCUUCACACUCAAGAGGUUGUUAUGUGCAAUACUCAGGCCAGAUCAAAAUUCGCUCCUGAUCCAAGCCAGGUCCUCGAAACUCCACGGCAGAUUUUCUCAAAAGCAGCUUCUAUUGUCAAAGAUUCUAUCGAGACUGAUGGUUGUUUGUUUCUCAAUGCAGAUAUGCUUGAAUUUUCAAAUGCAGGCUCUUCCACAGAAUGGAUAGAUGAAGAACUGGCCACUCGACGACCUUCAACCUUCAGCUACAAUGAGAGUGAGGAUGCUUACACAACUGGCUCUUCUGAUGACCGUCUACGGCCCUCUUGUCAAGCACUCGGCUCUUCUGAACAUGGGGCAGCUCAUGUUACACUUCCGCAAGCUCUUCUCGCCCGAAUGAUUCGACGGUAUCCCAAGGGCCAUGUCUUUAACUUCGAUGCCGAUGGAAAUCUACUCCAUGAAGAGCUACCUGGUGCUUCAACUGGCUAUCCUCUAAACAACAACGACUGGGGAAAUUUACAUAUCAGACAAGACCACAAACUCCGAGUUCAACAGAGAGAAGCAAGUAUUCUCCUCGAGACUUUCCCCGGUGCCCGAAGUGUCGCAUUCGUUCCUGUCUGGGACCUCAGGAAGAAGCGAUGGUCUGCUGGUGGCUUUAUACACACUUUCAAUAUCAAACGCACCUUCACGAUCGACCUGGACUUGAGUUAUCUCCGAGCACUUGGUAUGCUCGCAGCGGCCGAGGCUUUCAAGUUGGAGACCCUGGCUGCGGACAAAGCCAAGACUGAUGCGCUUGGUUCACUGUCUCAUGAGUUAAGAUCACCGCUUCAUGGCGCCGUUCUGAGCGUUGAGUUGCUUAACGAUACAGACCUUACCAUACCACAGCAAAAUAUCGUUCGCACCAUUGAGACAUGCUGCCGAACACUGUCAGAUACCAUCGACCAUUUGCUCGAAUAUUCCAAGGUUAACAAGGCUUUACCUCAAGAGGCGACCCGAGAGUACCAGGCAGAUGGCAGUGGCAUCAACAGGUCUUCAUCCGUUAGUAUAGCUUCGAAGCCAUCAAGAAAAGUUGUACAGCUCGAUGUUCUGGCUGAAGAGGUUCUCGAAAGCGUCUACGCCGGUUUCAACUUUCAGCAAGCCACACUUGCCCAAUCAUCAAGCCAAACGCCUCGACGACCUGGUCACACAUCUAUCCGCCGAAUGGACACCAUGCAAGCUAUGGAAGAGCUCCAAGCUCCACUGAAGAAGAAAGGAAAUCUUGGAACAAAGAUUGGAGACGUUGAAGUCUUCCUUGUCAUCGACUCACGACCAUCGUGGGGAUUCUACACCCAACCUGGACCUGUGCGUAGGAUUAUCAUGAACUUGUUCGGUAACUCGCUCAAGUACACGCAAUGCGGACUUAUCAAGGUUUCUUUGGAACAGACCAGCGCUUUUGGAUCCGAUGACAACGACUGCUGGGUAACUAUCAGGGUUUCGGAUACUGGAGUUGGUAUAAGCGAGGAAUUCUUACAAAACGGCUUGUUCAAACCAUUUUCACAGGAGAAUCAUCUAUCUCCUGGAACAGGGCUCGGACUUAGCUUCGUCAAGCAGAUAACUGCACAAUUCGGAGGCCACAUCUCAGUUGAUAGCCGAGUUGGCGUUGGAACCACAGUAACGGUGAGAUUACCGAUGAAGCUAGGAGAUGAUUGCCAUCACAACGUCUGUGAAGUUCGACAACGAGAAGAAGAGUUCGACGUGCAGACAGAAAAACUUCGAGGCCUUCGAGUGAAGUUGGUCGAUUUCAGCAAAAGCACAGUCACGGGAGGCGGUUCCACACAAAGAACGAUCGAGUCUCCUGACCAACUUGUGCAGGAUAUGUGCAAGGAAUGGUUGAAUAUGCAAGUCAACACCACCUUAGAGACACCAUGCUUCAUGCCAGAUCUAGCAAUUUGGUCGGAGGAAGGGUUUGAAAGACCUUGUGAUCCGCAGGAUUCAGUCCCAGAUGUUCCAAAUAUUGUGCUCUGUGCCAAUGCUGUUACUGCACAUCAGUAUGCCACUGGUACAAAGACAACACCACGCCCUGGAGUAUUCGAGUUCAUUUCACAACCACUCAGUCCCCGAAAGCUUGCCAAAGCAUGUUCACUAGCCUUGUAUCGCUGGACAGUCACGCAAACAUCCACCCGCUCUCCAACCACAACAUCAACAGAACCCGAGUCUCUCAGCAUUGCCACCAGCACCGCCCCUUCACUAACAAACCCAAGCUCUCCCUUCCCCGCAAGCGAAGACGAAACCUCCACACAACCAAAAGACUAUUUCAAGGCAUCCGAAUUCCUGCUCGUCGACGACAACUUCAUCAACCUCAAGAUCCUCUCCUCAUACAUGAAGAAGCUCAAACAACCAUACCAAACAGCUUCAGACGGGUUAGAAGCUGUCACAACGUAUGAAGCAGAUCCUGGCCGAUAUAGCUGUAUCUUGAUGGAUAUUUCGAUGCCAGUCAUGGAUGGGUUUGAAGCAACGAGGAGGAUUCGUGCUUUCGAGUCACAGCAGGGGUUGAGGCCUGCGUUGAUACUUGCUUUGACAGGGUUGGCUUCUGAAGAGGCGCAGAGGGAGGCUACUGUCAGUGGGUUAGAUUUGUUCUUGACGAAACCCGUGAGAUUGAAGGAGUUGGGACCCAUUUUGAGAGCAAAGGGGGUUUUGGAGGAGGUGUCGAACCUGGGCUGA